CUCCGCAUGCUCUAUAUACUAGUCCCGUUGUCCGCCAUUUCCUCUUGCGUUGGUAGCGUCAACUAUGAAAACCUUGCCGCCCUCCUUUCACUCUCGUCUACGACCUUCAGGUAGCCCAUUUAUGAACCAGCGGCCAGGAUGACUAUCGUGUUUGCCGUGGCUGUUGGUCUUCUCGCGCUGUACCUUGGCAUCAGAACCAACGGGAAAUUGGGAGUGAGAAAAGGGGAGAAGCCUCUUCUGAAACUGCCCCUCAUCGGCGACCUGCAUGACUCGCCCAUCGACAGGCCGUUGGCCAACUGGGACGCCUGGGCGGAACAGAAUGGUGCUAUCGCAUUGCGCAGGCUUUUUGGAAUCGUACCCAUCGUCGUUCUCAACUCGGCCGAGGCCGUCACUGAACUAUUUAGCCGGCGCAGUCAAUGGUAUAGCAAUCGGCCGGCCUCGGUGACAAUGGAGAUGAUUACGGGCGCAAAGCCAGGUCGAUCACGGUUCACCCUGAUGCAUGACUACGAUGAUCAUCUCAAGUUCCACCACCGCAUGCUUGCCCCAAGCUUGGGUGCCGUGGCCGCCCCGCAGUAUCAGCCACUGAUGGAAUUGGAGUCGAAGCAGCUGCUAUUCGAUCUCUUAAAUCUGACUGGGCGAUCCACCCAGGGUACCCCGAUUAGCACGAAUACCGUCUACCCUUAUCUGGAGCGUACCCAGUCCAGUAUCAUCUUGGCACUGCACUAUGGUUUACGAAUCCCACGGGCCCAGGAGCCCAUCCUGCAUGAGAUUGUCGACAUUCAAAACAAGGUGACACAUCUCGCCGCCAACCCUGCUUUGCCCGACCUAAUCCCCGUCCUCCGCCACCUGCCAGCCUGGAUGUCCCCGUGGAAGAAGUUCGCCGAUAUGCUCUACGCCACGCAGGUUGACCUCUAUAUGCGUCUAUUCCACCACGGCCGCCACUCAGUAGGCUGGAAUGCUACAAAGCAGGGGCUUUCGAUCGCAAGAAAAUGCGCUACAAGAGACAGCCCAGUGUCCGAUCUCGAUCUGUCCUUCACCCUGGCCACAUCGGUCCAAGGCGGCAUGGAGAUUUUACCGCGCCAGCUGCUGUGGCUGUUCAUCGCCGCGCUCCACCGCCCAGCCGUCUUUACCCAGGCUCGUGCGGCCCUCGAUUCCGUCGUUGGGCGCGACCGUCUCCCACGAUUCUCGGACCGUCCGCGCCUAGCUUUGAUCGACGCCAUCGUGCAGGAAUUGCUUCGCUGGCGGCCCAUCGCGCCAGGCUCGAUCCCCCGCCGGGCGGACCGCAAUGACGAGUAUCAGGGUGUCACGAUCAAAAAGAACGUCGCCAUUAUGGCCAACGCCUGGGCGAUUGGUCGAGAUGAGAUGGUGUUUGACCCGGCUCUGGGCGAUGUGCAGGAUUUUGUCCCUGAACGAUGGUUGCGCUCGGACCCAGGCGGAGAGACAAGAUUACACGCCGACCUUCCUUUGCCGGUCUUUGGGCAGGGUCGACGGAUGUGUCAGGGGAAACGGGUUGCCACGGACGGGGCUUUCAUGCAGGUGGCUCACUUGCUCUGGGCGUAUGACAUUGGGGCCGCUUCGGACACCACGGCAGAUCCGUGGAAGAUGACCGUAGUUGGAUUCAUGACAGUGCCGACGGAGUGUCAAGUGCACCUUCGACCUCGGGGUGACUGGGUGAUGGAGGUGAUCGAGAGGGAGUGGGCUCUGGCCGAUAAAGGUCUAGACAGGGUUAUGGGAAGCGCGCAUGACGUGGAGAAGUAAACCAUUCCCUUUUCUCCAUAUACUCGAUGGGAUGGGGCCACUCCGUAGUGUAUCAUCUCUCUAUGCUUAAUUUGAAGGAGUCGCCUUUUGAGGCGAACAUUGUGAACGAGUUAGACAAUGCAAUCGGUCAACAUGUCAGCUGACUUGCG